UUCCCCGGAAGAGGAGCCCUAUCGGUGCCGUCCCACAGGAGCCUUUGCUACACCCGAAUCGCAAAAGAAAUUCAUUCUCGAUCGGUUGGUUGCUGGCUACAACUACUCUACCCGGUUACUUCUUCCAUCGCUGGCCAGAGAGCACUUCGCCCCACAGCUCAUACCCUUCUCCAUCUCUCGCCACUCUCCCUCCCUCUCUCUGAACGCGUGCUCGGAGCAACGGACGCCAUGGACAAUCCUCCAGCCGUGCCGGCGGCGGCCAACAACGUGACCAAUCCACAGGCAGUGGCACUGGCAGCGGCCCACAACGUGGCCAAACCUCCGGCGGCACCAGCGGCCAACAAGGUUGCUAAUCCUCCGGCGGCACCAGCGGCCAACAACACGGGCAAACCUCCGACGUCGGCACCAGCGGCCAACAACAUGGGCAAACCUCCGGCGGCGGCAGCGGCCGACAACAUGGGCAAACCUCCGGCGGCGGCAGCAGCGGCCGACAACACGGGCAAACCUCCGGCGGCGGCGGCGGCCAACAACGGUGCAUAUUCUCUGUCGGUCUCGUUUUCUCUACGUGAUGAUCAAUCGGCAGUAAAGAUGGUGGUGAGAGCUCCUGCAGCGACUGUGGUCAUCAAUCCAGUGAACCCACCAGUGAAUCCACCAGCACAGGCGGCGUCACCGCAUGGAGCUGUGGAAUUUGUGGUGUUCACUGUUUUCCUCUUCAUCUUCAUCUUGGUGAUCGGCGUGAUUCUGCUGCUGAAUUGGUGCCUCAAGUAGAGAAUCUAUGUCACGUCCGGGGAAGAAGAAGAAACGUACUCUAGAUCGCAGGGGUACGCCACCCGAUGUGGACGACCGUAAAUAAGAUGGCGCAAGUGUGUGUUAAGUUAAAGCUAUCGUGCCAGCGGUUGUGUGGAGCUUAUAAGCUGUGUGCUGGACUGUACUGUAACUGAAACAAUCUAGUACUACGUCUGAUGAAUCAAAUAAACUGAAGUCUUCGUCUA